UAUAAGAGCAUAAUUUACAAAUACAUUUCAUAAUCCCGUAAAAGACUGAUAAUAUGUCUGAUAAUAUAUUUUCGCAGCAUAUCUUCUAGCAUCGAAAUGUCUGCAUUAUGUCGAUACACCGACAUUAUAUCGGUUUUUUUGACUAUAGGAGCAGAAGGAUAAUUUGAUAAACUGGCCAUUGGCAUUAGUUACAGACAUUAUGGCGACAAGUGAACGAUGGAAGAACGAUAUCGCGUAUGCAAUGACCCCUUUCAAAUUAAUUUCGUGGCCUAUCGGCGUAUGGCCACUUCAAGUUUAUGACAUUUAUUCGCUAUUGCGUUGUGCAUUAGGCACUUUUUGUGCGAGUCUAGUUGCAAUUUUGCCCUUCAUGGAGCUGUACAUGGGCUGUACUGACAUAGAGCAAAACUUAGACUGUCUGACAUUAAUUUGUUGCGGAUUUCUCGGUGUGCUGAAAACGACAUGGUUCCGCAUUUAUGCAAAUAGUUUAAUUAACAAUUAUGACUCUGCUCUGAACGAUUAUCUGACGAUUGACAACAUAAAAGAGCGCGCCAUUAUGCGAAAACAUGCUUUUAUAGGGAGGAUUCUUUGCUAUUUCUUGCUGGGCUUUUCUUAUUUUAGUUGUCUAAUGUAUGCAAUAAUUCCCUUUUUGGAUUAUGAACAAGAUAAUCGCAUUAAUAUAACGAACAGAGAUGUGGUAUUGAAGUAUACAGUUCCAUCGAGAUGCGCUUUGGAAUAUUUGAAUUUUUCACCUAGCAUGCAUAAAAUCUCCUGUCUCGUCGAAGCUUUUAUAAUGAUAAUGGGAACUUCAGCUAAUCCUGGUAACGACGCAUUGUUUUUCAACAUUGCAUUACAUGUUUGUGGACAAAUAAAUAUACUGAAGAUUCAUUUCGCUAACUUUGAUGUUAAAAGUCCGCAAAUUUACGAUCGUUUCAACGUGUUAAUUCAAAGACAUCGUUACCUGAUAAUGCUGGCCAGGGAACUUGCCGAUCUAAUCAGUUUAGUAUUGUUGAUGGAACUAUUCAUUAUCAGCCUAUUAUUAUGUAUAAUAGGGUUUCAGCUUAUCCUUGCAUUAAAAAUCAAUAACACCGUUAUUGUAGGAAAAAGUUUAAUGAUAUUAAGUACCUUCUUGACACAACUAAUGCUAUAUAGUUUUAUCGGGAAUUAUCUGAAAUCUGAAAUGGAGGAGAUAGGACUCUCCAUUUAUCAAAGUGCAUGGUACAACUUUCCUGGGAAAUUGGCAAGAAACAUAAUUUUUAUUCUUAUGCAGACAAAAUAUCCAGUCGCUUUGCAAGCUGGAAAUUUCAUCAUAGUGAAUCUAUCAACUUAUGUAAGCAUUUUAAAAACUUCUUUCUCGUAUUUGUCUGUACUUCGUAUAAUACUUGGAGUGUAAAACAAGGUGUGAAUGAGAGAAAUUUGUGGAAACUGUAAAUAUUUACUAUGUUUGAAAUAGCAUGAUGGAACGCUUUCAAAAUAAAAAUA